AUGGCGCCCCGACUGGAAGCGGAAGGAAGAGAGCGUUGGGCCGCCCGCCACACCCUCGCUCUGCUGGGGUUCCUGGGCCUCGCCGUCGAGUAUUCGCUGCGCGUGAACCUGUCCAUCGCCAUCGUGGCCAUGGCGGGCGCGAGGGAGGGCAACGCCACUGCUAAUUCCACUCAAGAUGCGUGUCCUGUCAGAGGCAAUGGCACAGACUCGGGAGGGAACCCUGUGGUGAGUGCAAGUGACUGGGAGAAGCCUUUGUCCUCGGAUUUGCCAGGUGUGUGUGUGAGUGUUGGUGCAUGUGUGAGUGCGUGCAUGUGUGUGUGGAUGGUGAGUGCGGGCGUGUAUGUGUGUGUGGAUGAGGGCGUGAGUGAGUGCGUGCGUGCGUGUGCGUGUGUGCUCACCCCUGACCAUCAACGACCUUCCCAAUACCCAACCGCGCGUCCCCUGACCCUUGACCCCGCGCCUCAGAGGGGGGAGUUCGCCUGGGACGAGGAGACGCAGGGCCUGAUCCUCGGGUCCUUCUUCUACGGCUACACCUGCACCAACUUCCUCGGGGGGCGCCUGGCGGAGUACCUCGGGGGGCGUCUGGUCUUCGGUCUCGGUUCGAGCGCGGCUUCGGUCCUCGCCCUCCUCUCGCCGCUGUGCGCAAGGACUUCGACAGGACUCUUCGUGGCUUCGAGAGUCCUGACUGGGGUUUCGCAGGGAGUUACAUAUCCGGCUCUAAAUUCCUUGAUGGCAACCUGGUUUCCCCCUGAAGAAAGGGCCAAACUGGGCUCCUUCGUUUAUGCAGGCAAGUUCCUUCGUACAGACACAAAGGGAGCAACAGACCAUAACUCAUCCUCCUCAGGAAUGCAAUUUGGCACCAUCAUCGGCCUCACGCUGGGCGGCUGGCUCUGUAACUCCGAGUUCCUGGGAGGUUGGCCGUCGGUCUUCUACGUCUUCGGGGGCGUCGGGUUGGUGUGGGGGCUCCCUUGGUUCCUCCUCAUUCACGACCGGCCCGAAGGACACCCCAGGAUCUCCAGACGUGAACUUGGUUACAUCCAGGGGCAGCAGGACACCGUGAAGGGCGUGGAGAGAGUGCCGAUCCCCUGGAGAGCGGUGCUGACCUCGCCACCGAUGUGGUCCUGCGCCGUCAUGGCCUUCGGCGGAUCCUUCGCCUUCUACACCUUCUUGACGGAGAUGCCCACCUACCUCGCCGACAUCCAGCACUUCAAUGUCAAAAGUAAUGGGUUGCUGUCUGGGUUGCCGUUCGUGUGCAUGCUUUGCGCUUCCUUGGCGUGGGGCGUUCUGGUGGACAGGCUCCUGGCGGCCAGGUGUCUGUCCCUCAAGGCAGUCAGGCGCAUUUCCACGGGCGUUGCGCAUUACGUGGCCGCCCUCGCCCUCGUCGCGAUGUGUUUCGUGGACUGCAACUCCUCCGCGGCGAUGGUCGUGCUGUGCGUCUCCGUCGGAGUCUCCGGCUGCGCCUACAGCGGCAACGCCCUCACGGAGCAGGACAUCGCACCGAACCUAGCCGGGACGCUGACGGGGAUCACCAACACUAUAGGAUCUGCGACAGGCUUCCUCGCCCCGGCCCUUGCUGGCGCCGUCACCAUGAACAACGUGAGCAGGGAAGCGAUGAAGGCCGUGGCGCGCUCUGCUGUUCAGAUGCCGCGGUUGCUUUCGAGUUGUCCGCCGUGCGAUGCUUCCUCUUUAGUUAUGUAG